AUGAACGGGGAAGGUGUGCUCCUCGCCAGUGGGGGCGUGUACCACGGUACGAUCCAGGAUGGACGGCCCGAGGGCAUUGGCCGCGUGGAAUGGCCUCAGCGACCCCGCUCAGCGGCGUCCUACCACGGCGAGCUGCAGCGUGGCGUUCGCUCCGGCCGAGGUCAGCUGGUCACCACAGAGGACAUCACCUUCACGGGCGCCUUCAAGGAUAACAUGCGACACGGCGAUGGCGUGCACACCCUCAACGGGCGAGUACGGUAUGAGGGCCACUUUGUGGAUGGCCAUAUCCACGGUCGCGGAUCAUGCGUGUAUGACAACUACUUGGAGUACAACGGCGACUUCAAGAACGGCGUGAUCCACGGCGAAGGCACGAUGCGGUUUGCAGACGGGGCGACAUACACGGGCAGCUUCCACGAGGGCAUGCGCCAUGGUGAUGGCCGCAUGACCUGGUCCGAUGGCGACAAGUACGUGGGCGCAUACAGGAAUGACCUUCGCCACGGGCUUGGCACAUAUACAUGGAACACGGGGCAACGGUACCAUGGGCACUUCAUGGACGGUAAACGCAACGGCCUGGGCGUAUUCACCUGGCCCGACGGCGCCACGUUCUGUGGGAACUUUGAGGAUGAUCGGAGGAGUGGGCCAGGCGUCCUGUGCCACGAGGACGGCAGCGUGGACGCUGGCCUGUGGGAUGGUUCACAGCUGUGGCGCUUGCUGCCAGUGCAGAGCGUUUUGAAUGAGCUGCGAGAGAAUGAUGAUGCAAAACUGCUCAAAGCCAUUAAGCUCAAGCGAAGGGUCGUGGAAGGCAUGCUCACCAAGAUGUCGAAAAAGGCGAUGGAGUAUGCACAGCGCGGCGAGACGCGAAUGCUCGAGCACUCCCUUCGACGCUGCAAAGUCCACCAGGACGUAUCGAACGAGUACGGCGUGAACCUCCUUAUGUUUGCCGCGUGCAACAAUCACACGGACACCGUAAGGAUGCUGCUGGACUUUGGGGCCGCUAUCAACCUGUUGACUGUGGACGGCGUGUCUACGCUGAAUCUUAGCUAUCACGUGGCGUGGUCGCGGUGCCUCGAUCUCCUGCCCUACUCGUCAACGCUUCGCCACCCCGACACAACCAUCCCAUCCCCACAGGCCAUGCACCCAACAUACGAGCUGCUGCUGGAGCGUGGUGCCGAUCCUGAUCUGAGCAGUUUCCCCUCACCGGUCCUCAUCGCCGCCAUCAACAACGCGGACGUGCACAUGUGCCAACUUCUCCUCGCCUCCGGCUGUAAUCCCAACAUCAUCGACCCAAAGGACGCAUCGCAGCAAACACCAAUUCUUCGUGUCGCGCGCCUUCUUCUGCAGCACGACGCGCACUCGGAUGACGAUCUGCUGCGUCGCCGCCUCGCCAUCAUGCGCCUUCUCCUCCAGGCCGGCACGCAGCUGAACCGCGCGGAUGCGGAUGGAGCGACGGUGCUGCACGCGCUGGCGUCCGUCUCCCUCCCCGACGCAUCGCUGCUCAUCACGGAGAUCAUUGGCCAGGACGCAAGUGUCGACCAGCUUGAUGAUGACGGGUACACCCCGCUCGCACGCGCCGUCAUUGCAGGCAACCUCGCAAACAUUGAGGCGUUACUCAGCAACAACGCUGACCCGAAUGUCCACGUAGGCGCCAAUCGCGAUCUCCCCAUCAACCUCGCCAUCACCGCGCACCCGAACCAGGACGACGAUGAGCUUCGCUUCAAUCUCGUGAGCGUUUUGCUGAAGAACAGCGCUGAUCCGACCUUCUCCGUGCCCGUCGUUGUCAAUGGUGGCGACGUGGCCAGGGGAACGGUGAUGGAUUCAGUGCACAUUCGGCUGCAGACCACGGGUUCCCGGGGCAUGUACUCGAAGCGUCUCAGCUCGUUUGAUCCGUCGCGAUCGCUCACACGCAAGAAGAGCAGCAUGAUGCCGCCGCGUCACGCACGGGACAUGGCCCUAUGCGAGCUGCUUACCAACUCCAUUCGUGACCUUCUCUUGAAACGCCAAAGCUUCAACGAUAUUGAGCUGUGUGCCCAAUGCGGUCGCUCGUACAAGCAGCGUCUCAUGCCGUUUUCUGGAUCAGCGCACAUCUUCUUCUGUGGUGAGCGCUGCAAGAUGCGCGCGCUGAACGGCGACCACCGCAAGGCGCUGCUGGCGUCACUCAAGAGCACAGACCCGAACCGGUGGAAGUUUCUUCAGUUGGCUGACGAGCCGCAUCUUGUGUGGAGAGGCGAUACCAUCAGCGAGGUCCACAGGGCUGUCACCGCGCCACCAGACUACCACCUCACGUCCCCGGGCAAGGCUGUCAGGCGACGGAAGCCAUCUGCGAUAGUGUCUGCGAGCGACUCGAUGAAGCAAGCGAGCGUGGUAUCGCAGCUCAGCCCCGCGCCCUCACUCGCAAAGCCGCUGCCAAACACGCGUUCGCUCAUCAGCAUGCACGCAGCGAAACUGCAGUCUGGCAGCAGCGAUACGAGCCCGGACCGCCACCAGCACGAGGACGCCACACACGCCCCAUCGCCCAAGGCGAGAGCGAAGAGCACAUCGUCACCGCCGUCAGCACGCAAGAAGCGCAUGGUGCACGCGCACACGACCACGACACUCAAGGUCAUGGCGCCAUCACGGGCAGCGCGUACAGUUGAGCGACUGCCUGGGCCGCCACCGGUGCAUCUCGCCCGUCCGUCGUCGGCGGCGUCCUCGCGCUCAUCACGGCCAGCGACACCAUCGGGCCUCUCCCCGCACCGCCGCAAGCAACAACAGCAACACCACCACCAACAGCAGCAGCAACAGCAACACCAACAGCAGCAACAGCAACACCAACAGCAGCAACAGCAGCAACAACGGCACCACCACCAACAGCAGCAGCCACGGCAGCGCGUGAUGAGUGGCGGUGGAAAUGCACUAGCGCGAUCGCUGCCUGCUGGUGCGCUGCGACGCUCCCAGUCGAUUCCCGUCAAGGCAAUGUCGCCAGCAGCAGCAGCUGAUGGCUGGACACGAGCAACACCAAAAGCAGCAACAGCAACAACAGCACCAGCGACAACAGCUGCAGCCACAACAGCAACGACAGCAGCAACCGCAAGCAGUGUCCGUGGUUCAUCCUCGACUGUUGCAAACGACAACAGCGGUAGCGGUGGCAAUGCCAGGAGCAGGAGCAGGAGUAGUGUCAGUUCACGAAGAAGAAACAGCGGCAGCGAUGGUGAUAGCAGACGGGCGAGUGUCAAUGCAGCCAUCAUAAUGACCAUCAACGUGUACACUGUCACACCAAUCAACACGACAACAGCCCAGUCAUGA